AUGUCACAGCAGAAACAGCAAUCUUGGAAACCUCCAAAUGUUCCCAAAUGCUCUCCACCCCAAUGCCCACACUCCUGCCUGACUUCCUGCUCUGAUCAUUGUAUGGCUUCCUGUCAAGAAGACUGUUGUUCCUGCCCCCAGAAACCCCGUGCUCAGAGUGCAGCUCACCCCAGGAGGGCUCGCCGAAAGCCCCGUUGCCUCAGUGGUGGCACAACCUACCACUGCAAAGAGGAGGAAUGCUAA